AUGGUGCUACUGCAAUUCAUGGACCAAGAAUUGGCGGAUGAGUUCUAUACAGUGUACAACAACACACGCUUCUCAUUUCUCGAAGAAGCUGUGUGUCAUGUAGUAUAUGUGCAGAAGAUCACGAACGCUAAAAGCUCGGAAAUGGAUCUCAAAUUAAGAUUCGGGAUUACAGAAUUGCCAUCGUGUGCUGUUUGUCUGGAAAGAAUAGACGAGGGUGUCAGUGGCAUAUUGACUACACUAUGCAAUCACACAUUCCACUGCGAGUGCAUGAAGAGUUGGCGAGAC